ACAGUUCAGGACAACAAGGCAGUGCACAUGUGUUUAGACUGUUGUAGGCAUAUAACGCUUUUUUUAUACACCUAAAGUCCUAUACUUCUUUUCUAUUUUGUAGUGUAGAAUAUUUCAGACGUCGUUAUGGGAAAGAAGAAAGCGGGAGGAGGAGCUGGACUGGGUAGAGCACUGAUGAAGGAGAGGCUCCAGGCGGGCCGGGGGAACAAGAGGGGAGAUUCGUGGCUCCACACCAGUGAACUGAAUGAUGGCUAUGACUGGGGCCGUUUGAACCUGCAGUCAGUGACAGAGCAGAGCUCCAUGGAUGACUUUCUAGCCACAGCUGAACUGGCAGGAACAGAGUUUGUUGCAGAGAAACUCAACAUAAAGUUUGUUCCAGCCGAAGCCAGAGCAGGGCUGCUUACAGCUGAGGAGAAAAGCAGGUUAAAGAAGCUGCAUGAAGAAAACAAGCAUUUCCUCAGAAUUCCUCGGCGUCCUCACUGGGAUGAAAGUACCACUCCAGAUGUACUUCAGCAGGCAGAGAAAGACAGCUUCUUGCAGUGGAGACGAGAACUUGCUCAAUUGGAGGAGGAACAGAAGUUAAUUCUAACACCGUUUGAGAGGAACCUCGAAUUCUGGAGACAGCUGUGGAGAGUUAUCGAGAGAAGUGACAUCGUCGUUCAGAUCGUGGAUGCCAGGAAUCCUCUGCUGUUCAGAUGUGCCGACCUGGAGGCAUAUGUAAAAGAGGUGUCGCCAGAAAAGGUAAACAUGCUGCUGGUGAACAAGGCAGACCUUUUGACCCGGGAGCAGCGGAAGGCCUGGGCAAAGUAUUUUGAGAAGGAGGGACUCAGGGCUGUUUUCUGGUCUGCCUUGGCUGAAAGUAACAGGCUGGAUGCAGAGGAAAAGGGCAUGGAAGUUGAUGAUCCAGAAAGUGUAGAGAGUGAUUCAGAGGGAGGUGAUUCUCCACACAGUGCAGACAUGAACAAAAAGGAAGAGCAAGAAGAAGAGCUGGAUGACAACGUAACCCUUGAUGAAGAGGACUGGCAGACCUGCUCAGAGGACGAGGAGGAAGCUGAAGGAGGAUUUUCUGGAGAUUCCUUCCACAACUCCAGCCGACUGCAACACAAAGAUGAGCUCUUGGAAAUAUUUAAAGCGGCACACAAAGGUUCCAAGUGUAAAGAAGGACAGCUGACAGUAGGACUGGUUGGGUACCCUAAUGUUGGAAAGAGCUCCACCAUCAACACUAUUUUGAGGAACAAAAAGGUGUCGGUUUCAGCCACACCAGGACACACUAAGCACUUUCAGACUCUUUAUGUGGAGCCAGGUCUUUGUCUGUGUGACUGCCCCGGCCUGGUGAUGCCCUCGUUUGUUUCUACCAAAGCUGAGAUGAUCUGCUCUGGGAUUCUGCCCAUUGACCAGAUGAGGGAUCAUGUACCUGCAGCGUCCCUGAUAUGUCAGACAAUCCCUCGACAUGUGUUAGAAUGUACCUAUGGCAUCAACAUCAUUAGACCACGAGAAGACGAAGACCCCGAAAGGCCCCCCACCUCUGAGGAGCUACUGACCGCAUAUGGAUAUAUGAGAGGUUUUAUGACCGCCCACGGCCAGCCGGAUCAGCCCAGGUCAGCUCGGUACAUCCUCAAGGAUUAUGUCAAUGGCAAGCUUCUGUACUGCCAUCCUCCUCCACACAUUAAUCCUGAAGACUUUCAGCCUCGGCAUGGCAAAUUCCAGAAAAGAGACUCUGAAAAUGGGGACAUCUCCGCAGUAACAAACAGACCACAGAAAAUCAAGAGGAUUGAAAAUGUUGUUGAUAAAAACUUCUUCCAUCAGGAUAAUGUCCGGGCACUCACAAAAGGAGUCAAAACCAUCAUGGGCUACAAACCUGGAAGUGGACCAGUUGGACCAGUCAGCUCCCAAUCAGAGGCAACGGGAGAAAAGCCCUGGAAAAAACACAGCAACAGAAACAAGAAGGAGAAACUCCGGCGGGUUACAAAGCAUCUGGACGCAUGAUGAUUGUCUGGACUUUGCUUUUAACCAUCUGAUUUCAAAUGGAAUAAAGUAAAAUAUAAAUAAUCUCUUAAGGUCUCUGAUGUAGGUGCAUAAAUGCCUCUCAUCUGUGAAUAUGGAUGAGGUCUUGAUCUGAGCUGCUUAAUAUUAUAUUCAGAUAGAAAUGGUUGAAAUCAUUUAUGACCUGGACUGUGUUGUUGAUUGGAGUUGAAGCACCAAAUAUUUAGAAUAUUUUCAUGACGCUUGCAUAUAUCCUUUUUUUUUUUUUACAUAAUUAGGAAAGGUUCCCUUUGACCUGCAGUGUCUUCUCACGACACGACUGAAGUGCACGUCCAGUGUAACACUGUUGUCAGUGACUUCCAUAACUAUGGUGCAAAAACAGGCAGUGACUGCUAAAGAAAAAUGUGUCUGUCAAUAUUUUGCAGCAGACUGCAACAUCAGCCCACCUUUGGAGUGAAGGCUCGAUGAGAAAACCAUUUUAGCUCAAUUCACUGCUUUUUUUUAAAAGAUUUAUUGGAAUCUGAUUACGUAAGGUAUAUAUUUUUCAGUGCUGAAAUUAAAACAGAUGUGACAACA